UGCAGUGGCUUGACCGUUGCAGUUUCAGACGUUAUAGUUGACCGGUCCCCGUAACACGAAGCGCUAUAGUUUUAAUAUAUUGCUUCCGUUUUCGGCAUGAAGCGACUGUGGUUUUUAGGGCUAAUCUGUGCCCUUCUUGUAUUUGCUUCUGUAAAGGCGGAUGAUGAGGUCGAUAUUGACGGUACUAUUGAGGAAGACCUGGGCAAGAGCCGAGAUGGAUCCCGAACAGACGACGAAGUUGUUCAGAGAGAGGAAGAAGCGAUUCAGUUAGAUGGCCUAAAUGCAGCACAAAUAAAGGAAAUUCGAGAGAAGUCAGAAAAACAUGCCUUCCAGGCAGAAGUGAAUCGAAUGAUGAAGCUGAUCAUAAACUCUCUUUAUAAAAACAAGGAGAUCUUCUUGAGGGAAUUGAUCUCCAAUGCUUCCGAUGCCCUGGAUAAAAUUCGGCUGCUCUCCCUGACUGAUGAUGAUGCGCUUGCUGGGAAUGAAGAGCUGACUGUUAAAAUCAAGUCGGACAAGGAAAAGAAUAUGCUUCACAUCACGGACACUGGUAUUGGCAUGACGAAGGAUGAAUUGGUUAGGAACCUGGGUACUAUCGCCAAGUCGGGCACUAGUGAGUUCCUCAACAAGAUGACGGAGAUGCAGUCGGAGGGCCAGUCGACCUCUGAGCUGAUUGGCCAGUUCGGUGUAGGCUUCUACUCUGCUUUCCUGGUGGCGGACAGAGUCAUAGUCACGUCCAAGCAUAACAAUGGCACCCAGCACAUCUGGGAGUCUGACUCUAAUGAGUUCUCGGUCAUCGAGGAUCCUCGUGGUGACACCCUGGGUAGAGGAACCACAAUCACUUUGGUAAUGAAAGAAGAAGCUUCAGACUACCUGGAGUUGGAGACCAUCAAGAACCUUGUGAGGAAGUACUCGCAGUUCAUCAACUUCCCCAUCUAUGUGUGGAGCAGCAAGACUGAGACUGUGGAGGAGCCCAUUGAGGAGAUGGAGGCUGAGAAGGAAACCACUGAGGAUGAGGCUGAGGUGGAGGAAGAGGAUGAGGAAAAGGACAAAGCCAAGACCAAGAAGGUGGAGAAGACCGUGUGGGACUGGGAGCUGAUGAAUGACAUCAAGCCCAUCUGGCAGAGGCCUGCCAAAGAGGUGGAGGAGGAUGAGUACAAGGCGUUCUACAAGACCUUCUCAAGGGACAGCGAUGAGCCCAUGAGUCACAUCCACUUCACUGCUGAGGGUGAGGUCACGUUCAAGUCCAUCCUAUUCAUCCCUGCCACAGCUCCCAGAGGUCUUUUUGAUGAGUAUGGAUCCAAGAAGAAUGACUUCAUCAAGCUGUUUGUGCGUAGAGUCUUCAUCACUGAUGACUUUCACGAUAUGAUGCCCAAAUAUCUGAACUUCAUCAAGGGUGUGGUGGACUCUGAUGACCUCCCCCUAAAUGUGUCAAGAGAGACCCUGCAGCAGCACAAGCUACUGAAGGUCAUCCGCAAGAAGCUGGUGCGCAAGACCCUGGACAUGAUCAAGAAGAUUGCUGAGGAGCAGUACAACGAUAAGUUCUGGAAGGAGUUUGGUACCAACAUCAAGCUGGGUGUGAUUGAAGACCACUCCAACAGGACCCGCUUGGCCAAGCUGCUGCGAUUCCAGACCUCCCACAGUGAGACAGAGCUUGCCAGCCUGGAGCAGUAUGUGGAGAGGAUGAAGGAGAAGCAGGACAAGAUCUACUUCAUGGCUGGAACCAGCAGGAAGGAGGCUGAGUCAUCUCCCUUUGUGGAGGCACUACUGAAGAAGGGCUAUGAGGUCGUCUACCUGACUGAGCCUGUGGAUGAGUACUGUAUCCAGGCCCUGCCAGAGUUUGAUGGCAAGCGCUUCCAGAAUGUAGCCAAGGAGGGUGUAAAGUUCGAUGAGAGUGACAAGGCCAAGGAAAAGAGGGAAGCUCUGGAGAAGGAGUUUGAACCCCUCACCACCUGGAUGAAGGACACCUCCUUGAAGGACAAGAUUGAGAAGGCUGUGCUGUCCCAAAGGCUGACCAAGUCUCCCUGUGCCCUUGUAGCCAGCCAGUAUGGCUGGUCUGGAAACAUGGAAAGGAUCAUGAAGGCUCAAGCCUACCAGACAGGCAAAGACAUUUCCACAAAUUAUUAUGCAAGUCAGAAGAAAACUUUAGAAAUCAACCCCAAACAUCCCCUCAUUAAGGAGAUGCUCAAGAGAGUACAGACUAAUCCAGAAGACCAGACUGCAUCAGAUCUGGCCGUGGUCUUGUUCGAGACGGCUACCCUGCGCUCUGGCUACCAGCUGGCUGACACCAAGGCUUAUGGGGACAGGAUUGAGCGCAUGCUCCGCCUUAGCAUGAACGUAGACCUCGAGGAGCAGGUGGAGGAGGAACCUGAGGAGGAACCUGAGGAGACGGCAGAGGAGGAGGAGGACACUGAGGAGGAAGACAUUAAAACGGAUGAGGAGGAUGUUGAAGAGAAGGAAACCACAGAGAAAGAUGAGCUGUAAGACUGAGCUGGAGCUGGGGCUGGGGAGACAGGGUGAAGGCUGCAUCCAGGGUGGUCAAUCGUCCUCUUCAUGGGGGUGGGCUUGGAGAAACUGGGAAUAGGGCUGGGUGGUUUUUUUUAAGGCGCUGCUUGUGUUUGAAAUUUUUUUUUUUCUACAUUCCUCAUGACUGUAAAUUUGUUAAUAUUUAACUGACCCGGUUAUGGAGUGCUGAGUUCCCAUCGUGUGAACCAUUAAAUGUUUCCAGAAA